AUGGCGCAGACUCAGGGCACCCGGAGGAAAGUCUGUUACUACUACGACGGGGAUGUUGGAAAUUACUAUUAUGGACAAGGCCACCCAAUGAAACCUCACCGAAUCCGCAUGACUCAUAAUUUGCUACUUAACUAUGGUCUCUACCGAAAAAUGGAAAUCUAUCGUCCUCACAAAGCCAAUGCUGAGGAGAUGACCAAGUAUCACAGCGAUGAUUACAUAAAAUUCUUGCGCUCCAUCCGCCCAGAUAACAUGUCUGAAUACAGCAAGCAGAUGCAGAGAUUCAACGUUGGUGAAGACUGUCCGGUAUUUGAUGGCCUGUUUGAGUUCUGUCAGUUAUCUACUGGUGGCUCUGUGGCAAGUGCUGUGAAACUUAAUAAGCAGCAGACGGACAUCGCUGUGAAUUGGGCUGGGGGCCUGCAUCAUGCAAAGAAGUCUGAGGCAUCUGGCUUCUGUUACGUCAAUGAUAUCGUCUUGGCCAUCCUGGAACUGCUAAAGUAUCACCAGAGGGUGCUGUACAUUGACAUUGAUAUUCACCAUGGCGAUGGCGUGGAAGAGGCCUUCUAUACCACAGACCGGGUCAUGACUGUGUCCUUUCAUAAAUAUGGAGAGUACUUCCCAGGAACUGGGGAUCUACGGGAUAUUGGGGCUGGCAAAGGCAAGUAUUAUGCUGUUAACUACCCGCUUCGAGAUGGGAUCGAUGACGAGUCCUAUGAGGCCAUUUUCAAGCCGGUCAUAUCCAAAGUAAUGGAGAUGUUUCAACCCAGUGCAGUCGUCUUACAGUGUGGCUCUGACUCCCUGUCUGGGGAUCGGUUAGGUUGUUUCAAUCUGACCAUCAAAGGGCAUGCCAAGUGCGUGGAAUUUGUGAAGAGCUUUAACCUGCCUAUGCUGAUGCUGGGAGGAGGUGGCUACACCAUCCGUAAUGUUGCCCGAUGCUGGACGUACGAAACAGCUGUCGCCCUAGACACAGAGAUUCCUAAUGAGCUUCCAUACAACGACUACUUUGAAUACUUUGGGCCAGAUUUCAAACUUCACAUCAGUCCUUCCAAUAUGACUAACCAGAACACAAACGAGUACCUGGAGAAGAUCAAACAGCGACUGUUUGAGAACCUGCGAAUGCUGCCCCAUGCCCCUGGGGUCCAAAUGCAGGCGAUUCCUGAGGACGCCAUUCCAGAGGAGAGUGGUGAUGAGGAGGAGGAAGACCCUGACAAGCGCAUCUCGAUCUGUUCCUCUGACAAACGAAUUGCCUGUGAGGAAGAGUUCUCUGAUUCUGAUGAGGAGGGAGAAGGUGGUCGCAAGAACUCUUCCAACUUCAAAAAAGCCAAGAGAGUCAAAACUGAAGAUGAAAAAGAGAAAGACCCAGAAGAGAAGAAAGAAGUCACAGAGGAGGAGAAAACCAAGGAGGACAAGCAAGAAGCCAAAGGGGUCAAAGAGGAGGUCAAAUUGGCCUGA